CAGGCUGCAACUCGUCAGGAUAUGACCUACUGGCUUCAGGAACUUCAGCAGAAGAGGUGGGAAUAUUGUAACAACCUAGAUGCAGCCAAAAGGGACAGCCGAACUUCCCCUACACCAAGUGACUUUUCCAAAGGUCUUGUUGCCAAAGACAACCCUGAUUUGAAUAUCCUAAGUCAAAAUGCUUCGGCAGAGAGAGCUAGAAAUAUUCUAGCUGUGGAGACUUCUCCUACAGAUCUGGUGGGAGAACAAGCAGCUUCCCAACCUGCACCAGUCCAACCAAGUGCCAUUAAUUUCUCACUUAAACAAUGGAGCACUGAAAUCAAAAAUUCAAUGUCCUCUUUAAGAAAAGGAAAUAAUGAAAACCGGAAGAGCAUAUUUUAUACCACUGAAGAGUGGGAAUUGCUGGAUCCAACCCCAAAAGACUUGGAGGACUCGAUGGCCCUGGAAGAAAAGAGGAAGCACCUGGCAGAAGGAAAUAAAGGACUGACUAGUUCAGCUUUUCCAUUCGAUUUUGGCCGCAUUCCACACAAAACAAGGCGCCCGUUAAAAGACAUGAUUGGAUCAAGCAAAAACCGAAACAGCAGCGACUCUUCCCCAACUGAAUGGUGUUCUGGUAAUGGCAACAAGCUAGUCUCUGAACUGCAGCUGAAGUAUCAAAGCCAGCAAGAAGAGUUGGAAAAGCUGAAGAAAGAUCUUUUGAGCCAAAAGGAACUUGUGCGACUUCUGCAGCAAACAGUCCGAUCUUCCCAAUAUGAUAAAUACUUUGCAAGCCGUCUUUGGGAGGGGGUUCCCAAAGACAAAUUAGAGCUGUUGCACCAGAAAGACAACCAGAUUUUGGGUCUCAACAACCAGCUUGAAAAGUUGAAUCUGGAAAAAGAUAGUCUCCAGCAGGAAGUAAAGAAUCUGAAAUGUAAAGUUGGAGAACUCAAUGAGCAGCUGGGUAUGUUGAUGGAAACUAUUCAAGCUAAAGAUGAAGUGAUCAUGAAACUCUCUCAUCAACUCAGUGAAUGUGAGGAUACUGUGUCCUCUCAGAGUGGAGCAGUAAAUUCUUCCAUGGCCACCUCUACUAAUAAGGAACUACAGGAACUGGACAGACUAAAAGACAAUCUUCAGGGUUAUAAGACCCAGAAUAAAUUUUUAAAUAAGGAGAUUUUGGAACUUUCUGCUCUACGAAGAAAUGCAGAAGCAAGAGAGAGAGAAUGGCAGGCAAAGUAUACUAGCUUGGAAGCCAAACUCUGUCAAAUAGAAAGUAAGUACUUGAUCUUGCUUCAAGAAAUGAAAACUCCUGUUUGUUCUGAGGAGCAGAGUCCUGCUCGAGAGGUCAUCACACAGUUACUGGAAGAUGCCUUGAAAGCAGAAAGCAGUGAACAACCAGAACAGGCAUUUUUCAAACCACACCUGGUCAGUGAAUAUGAUAUCUAUGGUUUUCAGACAGUCCCAGAGGAUGAUGAGGAGGAGAAACUAGUAGCAAAAUCACGAGCUUUGGACCUCAGGUCACUUUCUCUCAGUGAAAAUCGAGAGAUUUCCACAGGAGUAAAAUGGGAGAACUAUCUUGCAAGCAUGAUGAACAGAGAGAUGAUGCGCUGUGUGGAACUAAAGAAUCUUAUUAGAUCUGGAAUUCCACAUGAACACCGUUCCAAGAUGUGGAAAUGGUGUGUCAAUCUCCAUGUUAAAAAGUUCAAGGACAGCACUGUUCCUGGGUACUUCCAAACCUUGCUUCAAAAUGCUCUGGAGAAACAAAAUCCUGCAUCUAAACAAAUUGAGUUGGAUCUCUUGAGAACUUUGCCAAACAACAAACAUUAUUCUUCCCCGACAUCUGAAGGGAUCCAGAAGCUACGAAAUGUGCUGCUGGCAUUUUCAUGGAGAAAUCCUGAUAUAGGGUAUUGCCAAGGGCUCAACAGGUUGGUAGCAAUUGCACUUCUGUACUUGGAACAGGAAGAUGCUUUUUGGUGCCUAGUAACAAUAGUUGAAGUUUUCAUGCCUCGUGAUUAUUACACUAAGACACUGCUGGGAUCUCAGGUUGAUCAACGAGUAUUCAAGGAUUUAAUGAGUGAGAAGCUUCCACGACUGCAUGCUCAUUUUGAACAAUACAAAGUUGAUUAUACUCUUAUAACUUUCAACUGGUUUCUUGUGGUAUUUGUGGACAGUGUGGUCAGCGACAUCCUUUUUAAAAUCUGGGACUCCUUCCUAUAUGAGGGACCAAAGGUUAUAUUCCGAUUUGCCUUGGCACUUUUUAAAUACAAAGAAGAGGAGAUCUUAAAACUGCAAGAUUCAAUGUCCAUUUUCAAGUACCUUCGAUAUUUCACACGCACUAUACUUGAUGCUAGGAAACUGACUGGUAUUGCUUUUGGAGACCUGAAUCCUUUUCCAUUACGUCAGAUCAGGAACCGAAGGACCUAUCACCUGGAGAAAGUACGUCUCGAGCUCACUGAACUCGAAGCCAUUCGUGAGGAUUUCCUGCGUGAGCGAGAGACGUGUGUAGAAAAAAGAGACCUUAUUAGUGAUGAUGAGGAGGAUAGCUGAAACUACUCCACAUAAACUUCUCUUUGGGAU